AUGGAGCAGGACGACCCGGGCGAGGCGCUGUCGGAGCUGCGCGGGCGGCGGCUGGGCGCGCUGGAGCUGCUGCAGGCGGCGGCGGGCUCAGGCCUGGCCGCCUACGUCGCGUGGGCGCUGCUGCUGCAGCCUGGCUUCCGCCGCGUGCCGCUGCGGCUGCAGGUGCCCUAUGUCGGUGCAAGUGAGCGGCAGGUGGAGCACGUGUUGUCGCUAUUGCGAGGCCGUCCUGGAAAGACGGUGGACCUGGGCUCUGGCGACGGCAGGAUUGUGCUGGCUGCUCAUAAGUGCGGUCUCCGCCCGGCUGUGGGCUACGAGCUGAACCCGUGGCUAGUGGGGCUGGCCCGGCUGCACGCGUGGAGAGCAGGCUGUGCCGGCAGUGUUUGCUACCUGCGUGAGGACCUCUGGAAGGUGAGCCUGAGGGACUGCCACAACGUGUCUGUGUUCCUGGCCCCUAGUGUGCUCCCCCUGCUGGAAGACAAGCUGCGGGCAGAGUUGCCCGCAGGGGCCCGAGUGGUGUCGGGGCGCUUCCCCCUCCCCACUUGGCAGCCUGUGGUUGUGAUGGGGGAGGGUCUGGACCGUGUCUGGGCCUAUGAUGUCCAUAGUGGUGGGCCAAACGGUCAGGCUUCCCCGGAACCCAGUUCUGCCUCAGUCCCUGGGGCCCCCCGUUCUCAGGUUGGCUGACCACUUGGACACAAUAAAGACUCUGGACUACA